CUCAGAUCUAUCUAUUCUCAGAUCAAACCAUUCAAACGUGCCUAUAUUAUAAAAGAAACAUUUGAAUCCUUCCUUUGAGAUUGACUUAUUCUAAAGUACAAGAUGUUUAACCGACUAGCAUCAUUUGCUCUUGCCGCCCUUUCAGUCUCAGCUUCAUCCUUGUCGCCCAGAGACGAUGCUCCAGCAGCGCUUACCGAUGCCGAUAUCCUUCAGUAUGCUCUUACCCUUGAGCACUUGGAAAGUACCUUUUACUCAACUGCUUUAGCCAAUUACAGCGCUUCUGAUUUCACCAAAGCUGGUUUCCCAACUUGGGUCCGUAGUCGAUUUGAAGAGAUUGCCAAAGAUGAGGCGGACCACGUCGAUCUUCUCACUGCUGGUCUCACCGCCGCUGGUGCCACACCAGUAGGAGCAUGCAACUAUACUUUCCCGGUGACUGACCCAAAGUCCUUCGCUGCUGUUGCCAACAUUCUCGAGGGCGUUGGUGUUUCGGCUUACCUCGGUGGCGCCAGCUCCAUCUCCAAUAAGGCAUACUUGACCAUUGCUGCAUCUAUCUUGACCGUUGAGGCUCGUCACUCUACCUACAUCCGAGCAAUUCAAGGAGAAUCUGGGUUUCCCUCUGCUGAAGAUACACCAUUGAGCCCCAACCAAAUCUUUACCUUGGCAGCUGGGUUCAUCAAUCCCGGAUGUGAAACUUUAGCUGCCACCAAAUUACCUUUGACGCCUUUCCCAAACUUGGUCUUAGAGACUACCGGCUCUCUUUCUAAGGGCCAAGAAAUCAAGCUGAACCCAGCAAAGAGUUCUAACGCAACUGGUGACAUCUUUGCGGUCUUUUACUACGGUUUAAAUAAGACUGCUGUAUCAUGGAAAGACGGCAAGGCUAGCAUUCCUCAAGAUGCAGCUGGUCAAACAUAUGUCAUUCUGUCAUCAUCUCAAAAUGUGACAGAUGCUACUACGAUCGCUGGACCAGCAAUCCUCGAAGUUCCUCUCUAGACAGCGAAUUUUCUUACCUUGUACGAUCUUUUUGACUGCUUCGUAUUCUUAUCUCUAUAUGAUUUUAUAGACUUCUCGUUUUCAUUCUGAAUCAUUCUCAAAUCCAUUAUUUGUUUUUGAUUUUACCUUUUUCAAUCCUCAGACCAUUUCUAUUGGGUAUCGAUUUGAUGAUUAUUGAAAUGAAACCUGUCAUGAUUGUUUUACGAUUUUUUCAUUGACAUCCUGACCUUUUUUGACUACAAAGCAAAACUCUGUCUUCCGAUUGCCUUUGCUGUUAAAUGCCUGUGGGAUUCCUCAUGAAAAGAAUAAAGCUUUUCUUCAAGUUGAC